AUGGAACAACAAACAAUAUCCAUAGCCAAAGUAGGAAUAACAACAAUUCUGAAUUCCAGGACUUCUGUAUUAGCUGCAACAAACCCUCCAUCAGGUCGUUAUGAUGAUCUCAAAACUGCACAAGAUAACAUUGACUUACAGACUACAAUUCUUUCAAGAUUUGACCUCAUCUUCAUUGUCGAAGAUAUAAACAUGUUCAGCCAAGACAAGAUUCUUCUUGUUGUUAGAGCUGAAGCUACUGCUCAAGACACGCAACAUGGAGGUACAACUCUACAUACUGCUGCUAUGACUAAUGAUUUGGAGUUAGUUAAAAUUAUUCCUUAUGUUGGAGUUGAUGUGAGCAUAAGGAAUGUGCAAAAAACCAUUCCUUUGCAUGUGGCAGUGGCAAGAGGAUCAAAAUCAUGUGUUGGAAUGCUUCUUUCUGCAGGUGGUCUGGUAGAAAAAGGCCUUCCCUUUCCCUUGGAAAAUUUUGGAGGUAAGAGAAAGCAUAUAAAAUGGGAAUCCAUAGUGGGUCCCGCUGUUGACAAAGAUGUAGCACAUGAAGUUGUUGGAUUGAGAGCUACAACUUUAGGUCACUCUCUCUGGGAAUCAGCAACCUGUACGCACAGAAAUUACAGAGGCUGCAAUGGAAAGGGUUCAGAAAAACUGUCACUUCUGAUUACAGAAGCAUAUAGAGAUGCCCAUCAAAAGAGUGUCCAGGCCAUGAAAGCACGAAUGGGCGAUCUUGCACAGAGCUUAGGAAUGCCCCAAGAAAGCUGCAGUUUUGUAGACUUAACUGUGCCAAAAGAUAAAAAAAAGCAGUUUGUUGAAUGAAGAAAAGAAAAUGACAUCCUAGUUUUUUCUAAUUUUGACAGUCUACUUUCAAGGUAUACCACAAUUAUAGUUUUUAUUUUAAUCUUUUAUAUUAUGUUAAAUGUCUUUUUUUUGAUGUCCUAAUUACU